AUGUUUGUUUUGCAUAAAAUAGGAAUCAAUGUGAACUCUAAUAAUUAGGUAAUUAUAAAUCUAUAAUUCAGAAUUUAGCUAAAUAUUAUGCAUAUGUAGAUCGAUCUGAUUAUAUAUUUGGUGUUAGAGCCGUUGUAAAAGAGAUUCGGGAAUCAACUCCAGUUAUUUCAAAAAUUGGUUGA